AUGCAUUUGCAGAUCCAGAGGUUCUCGCUGUACAAGCAGAUCGAGCUGUUCCAGGGGACGCAGGCCUUCAUGCGGGAGAAGAUCGAGCGGGCGGCGGCGGACAAGCUGUUCGGCGAGGCAUACUACGUGGUGGCCAUGGGCGCCAACGACUUCAACAACAACUACCUGCUCCCCGUCUACUCCGACUCGUGGACCUACAACGGCGAGACCUUCGUCAAGUACAUGGUCACCACCCUGGAGGCCCAGCUCCGGCUCCUGCACGGGCUGGGCGCGCGCCGGGUCACCUUCUUCGGGCUAGGGCCCAUAGGCUGCAUCCCGCUGCAGCGGCUCCUGCAGAGGUCCUCCACGGCGUGCCAGGAGUCCACCAACAAGCUCUCCCUCAGCUUCAAUAAGCAGGCCGGCGCGGUGAUCAAGCAGCUGGCGGCGUCGCUGCCCAACGCGACGUUCCUGUUCGGGGACGUCCACGACUACUUCCAGGACAUCAUCGACCGGCCCUACAUGCACGGCUUCAACAACUCCCACGCGCCCUGCUGCACUCUCGGGAAGGUGCGGCCGACGCUGACGUGCACCCCGCUCUCCACGCUCUGCAAGGACCGCAAUAAGUACGUGUUCUGGGACGAGUACCACCCCACCGACAGGGCCAACGAGCUCAUCGCCCUCGAGACGCUCAAGAGGCUCAACAUCACCGUCGUCGCCAACACCACCUCCACCUAGCCUGCCUGCCUGACACGCAGGCCGCUCACCAAAAUGCAUACGCUUUCACAUGCAUGGGUGCGGCGUGCUGUGUGUGGUCUUAAUUAUGUGUCUGCUUCCGUCGAUUGUAACCAAUUUGGGACGAUUUUGUCCAAGGAAUGGGAUGGAGAAUAGAUGCAUGUACACGCGCCCUGGAUAUGAAAUUUUUUGUGUCUGA